UUCAGAGUUGAGACUUCGUUGACCAAAGAGUUUGUAGCUCAAUGUUCUCACGUGGUGGUGUUGUGGAACGUGCAUUCUGGGCCCUGUUAAAGCUGCCAAACCAUCAUAAACAACCACCAACACAACCAUGUCGCGGCCUAUAUCACGUCUCGCAUUCCAGUUAGCUUCCCCAGCUUCACGCCCCACCCCGCCGCGGGCAGUCAGGCUGCCAUGCCGAAAAGCACUACUCCGACCUCUCUCAACUCCGCUAUGUGCGGGCCAGGCUGUAAGAACCUUCACAACAAGCCCCAAUUAUCUCAAGAAAGCCGGCAAGGCCAAUAAGGGACACGCUCGUUCCGAUUCCUCGCCGCCCGUGUCUGAUUUGUCCGCUUCAACGUCCACGGAUGAAGCAUACGAUGUGUCAAUACUGGAGGCCAAGAUCCUGAAGGCGAUGGAGCACUUGACCCACGAGCUAUCUCAAUUGCGGUCAGGUGGGCGAUUCAACCCUGAAUUAGUAGAGUCGUUGAAAGUACAACUAGGCACUGUGAGCCGAGGGAAAGAAUCAGUGCGGUUGUCGGAAAUUGCACAAGUUGUACCGAAAGGCAGACUGCUCAACAUUAUGGUUGCUGAGAAGGAGUACAUCAAACCAAUAAGCUCUGCUAUCGCCGCCUCAAGCCACAAUCUCGCUCCCCAGCAGCCCCAUCCCGAUUCUCCCCUCACUAUACCUGUGCCGAUUCCUCCGCCAACCGGCGAAUCACGCAUGGCUGCGCUUGAUAUGGCGCGGAAGGCUGCUGAACAAGCAGACAGGGCGAUCCAGGACGCAAGAGCGGCGCAUCAUAAGAAGCUGAGGAAAUUUCAGCUGGAGAAGUUGGUUCUGCCAGAUGACCUCCAGAAGGCGACCAAACGAAUGGAAGAGGUGGUCAAGAAAGGACAUACCGAGGUGAAGAGGAUAGUGGAUGGUGCGAAGAGGGUCCUUGAGAGUCAGUAGGCGCUCCCUUCCUGGUCGAGCGUGGCAUAGUUAGGAGGCAUAUCCCUCUGUAAACAUAUGUGUUCUAUGGGUUUUAAAAACCCUUGAAAAAUUCAGGUCAUAUGCAUGAUAAACC